AUGCAUCGAAGAACAGGCCGCUCGAAAUCAAAGAAGGGCUGUAUCACCUGCAAAAUGCGUCAUGUGCGAUGCGGUGAAGAAAAGCCAAACUGCAUGCAAUGUACCAAGACGGGGCGCAAAUGUGAUGGUUACAGCAACCAGUCCCAAAAAGAGCUUCGGCAGAAAGUUGCUGACCCAUGUCCUGCGUGGCCAACCGUCAGCCCUGAUAGCCGACUAGUGCUUGUCCCCGGCUCGCGGGAAGAAAGAAAAUAUAUCCACACAUUCUGCACGCAGACCUCUCCAGCCCUCUCAGGGUUCUUCACGUCCGAAAUAUGGAGCCGCUUUCUCCCGCAGCUCAGUCAUCGAGAACCGACUGUUCGGCAUGCCGUUGCUGCCGUUAGUAUGAUGUAUGAGCAACUCUAUCAUCCCAAUGCUAGCCAUGGCGACCGCGAUGGCUUUGCACUUGAGCAAUACACCAAAGCUAUUGAGAAAUUCCGACAGCAGCUGGCGAAUCCGCGAGACGCUGACUCUGACUCUAUACUUGUCACUUGUCUCCUGUUCGUAUGCUUGGAGAUGCUCAGGUCCAGUCCUUCGAGCGUUCUAGAUCAUAUUCAAGGUGGAAUGCAAAUACUUCUGAAACAGCAAAGCGCAAAGGGCCGACAACCAAAAAGAGAUCCAAUCUACCAAGAGCUAUGCCAGUCAUUCCAUCGACUGAGCAUUCAGCUGCCCCUCUUCGGUCGACCUUUGAUUCCCUUCCAUGUUCAAAGAGAGACAGAGCUAGUCCCAGACCAGAUUCCCACCUUUGAUAACAUCGCUCAGGCCCGAGAAUCUAUGACAACCCUCAUGAAUCAAGGUCUAGGAUUGAUCAGACCCAUCGGUAUCGACAGGAUUACCCCAUCUGAAGAAGUCAACCAGCAACAAAUGUACGAGCAGCGCGUCCUUGCACAGAGUCUCUACAAGUGGAAUACAGCAUUCACAACAAUGAUACAGAAAACGGCUAAGAGUGUUGGAAUUUCUGAUCCACGCGCACCAUUAGCACUCCAAAUAAACUACUUUACUUCCAUCAUAUGGAUUCUCAGUUGCCUAGCACGAAAUGAGACCGUCUAUGACCAACAUUUCGCAUCCUUCGAAGCCAGCGUGGCUGCAGCAGAGAAAAUUCUCGCGCUCAGCACACAGCAAAAAAAGCCACCAACCCCUGAAAUCUUCUCCCUGGAUGCUGAAGUUGUCCCAGCAAUAUACUGGACCGCAAUGAGAUGUCGAGAACCGAACAUUCGACGCCGCGCAAUUGCCAUUAUAUCCAAUUACCCCACCAAAGAGGGAUUAUGGGGUCAGGGAGAGCGUCAAUAUGAAAUUGCGAAGUUGGUACUCGAGAUAGAAGAAAGACCGUAUCUGCAUCUUCCCGUGGAAGAAAGGAUCCCCCAUGACACACAGCGGGUAUAUGAAGCACUGAUCUUUCCGGAAAAAGGGACAUACCUAGACCCAUGUCCGGUAACGAUUAUGACGAAGCCACAUGGGCAGCACGGGCCGUGGAACACACGUGUUGAAUGUGUGCAGCCGCAAAAGCUGAAAUAG